CGUCAACGUCGCCGAGAGAGAGAGAGAGAUGUGCAUGUGAAAGCUCGCUAGUGUGGAUAUUUUGCGCCUCGCGUUCACAUGGGACUGGGGAGAGUCUCAGUCGCGUUCCGACCCCAUACAGUGGACGUGUGCGAAGCGCCUCGCAGCUCCUUGUUGUCGCUGCGUUUUCCAGCUCGUAACCGUUCGCGCCUCUCCUCUCUCUCUAUCGAGUGAUAAACAAACGACCAGGUCGCGCCUCGUCAAUAAACUCGGCUUCCAUAAACCUGCAAAUGUACACUCCCGACUGCAGCUGAGGCAAGUGUGUGGAUUUCCAAGCCUCCUCCGCGACUCGUAGAUUAAAGGCUAAAAUGGAGAUAGAGCCGUUUCGAGCUUGCAACGCGCAGCCUUGACCUACUAAAAAACCAACUACUCCGAGACUGAGACGGCAUACAUACCUUCAAAAGAGCUUUGCUAUUCAAGAGAGAUCAAGAAGCGAUACGUUCUAAGGCUCUUCGAGAAAAGCCAUUGAAAAAUGAGGAAGAAAAGAAUUUCUUAAGACUCGGCUGCAAAAGAAAAAAAAAGGCAAUAAAGAAGAAAAAAAAGGGCAGAAUAAGGAGCUGAGUGGUCCGCUGGAACGAGUCAUGGUAACGGCUACAAUGAGCGGUGACAAAUCGACCAGUAGCACAAGUCAAGCGGUCGCGAUCGCGACAACGUCCUCGUCCUCGUCGACGACUGCCAACAGUCAGGAUGAAAGCAAGACGACCGCCGUGGCUGCCGCCGCCACUGCGGGCCUCGAUCGAACGGCCAGUCAGCAGCAGCAAAAAACAAAUAACAGCGGGGCAGUCAGCAAGCAACAGCCGAGAACUCAAUCAGCUGCUAAUUUAUUGGUGCCUCCGACGUUGGCAUUUACGGCCCAAGCACAUCCGGCAGUGCUGACUGCGCCGGCACCCCAGGAUUCGCCCAAUUAUCUGACUUACAAGAAGAUGGAGGCGUUGAUUGGCAGAAUGCAGAACGAGGAGAACGGGGUGCCUGUGAGAACCGUCAAAACUUUCAUGACGAAAAUCCCGUCCAUUUUCACAGGCACAGAUUUGAUAACGUGGAUGAUGAAAAACAUGGACGUGGACGAUCAAGAGGCACUGCACGUCGCCCACCUGAUGGCGGCUUACGGCUACUUGUUCCCCAUCGACGAUCAUUGCCUGUCGGUGAAGAACGACAAUACGUUUUAUCGCUUUCAAACGCCUUACUUCUGGCCGUCGAAUUGCUGGGAGCCCGAAAACACCGAUUACGCCGUGUAUCUGUGGAAGCGCACGAUGCAGCACAAGGCGCGCCUCGAGUUGGCCGACUACGAGGCCGAGUACUUGGCCCGGCUGCAGAAGCUCUUCUCGCGCAAGUGGGAGUUCAUCGACAUGCAGGCCGACGCGCAGAACAAAGCCGACAAGAAGCGCGACAAAUUGGAGCGCAAGGUCCUCGACAGCCAAGAGCGAGCCUUCUGGGACGUUCAUCGGCCCAUGCCGGGCUGCGUCAACACGACCGAGCUCGACAUUAAAAAGGUCUGUCGCAGCCAGGGAAGGCCGACGAGCAGCAGCGGGGCUUGCCAACACUCCGGACCCCUGCGCAAGCUCGUCAAUCGCAGCGUCGACGAGCUCCACCACGAGAUCGAACUGCUCAAACUGCGACUGGAUCGCCGUAUAAUUAAAAUUUCUAAAGUCGCCGAAGCACUCAUCAAUUACUCGUUGCAGUACGCCGAGUACGACCCGUUCUUCACCGUGCCCGAGGCAACGAAUCCCUGGAUCACCGAUAGCCUCGAUUUUUGGGAGCAAGAGAAAGCACCUAAAGACGUGCCGCUGAGACGAGUAAAAAGAUGGGCCUUCAGUUUGCAAGAGUUGCUGCAAGAUCCUGUCGGUCGGGAGCAGUUCAUCAAAUUUCUCGACAAAGAGUUCAGCGGUGAAAAUCUGCGAUUCUGGGAGGCCGUCCGAGACCUGAAAACGCUGCCGCGCAGGCAGGUGGAGCAACAAGUCAAGUUUAUUUGGGACGAAUACAUGGCUGACGAGGCGCCCUGUCCCGUCAACGUCGACUCCAAAUCCCUCGAAAUCACCAAGAAAAAUUUCAAAGAGAGACCGGACCAGUGGUGCUACGAUGUCGCUGCGGUAACAAAUAUAUUUCAGGCUCCGCAUGCUCACGUAUAUCACCUGAUGAAGACUGAUUCUUACUCGCGGUAUCUACGAUCCGACAUGUACAAAGACUUUCUCAACAACUCGAAAAAAAAGGCCUCUGUCAAAGGUAUCCGAUCGAUUGUUUCGUUCACUGGUCGCAAAGAUCCGCAAGCUGUUUAAGCACAGAAGCAACAACGACGAUACUGAUACAUGCUGAUGAAACACAGUAUAAAUCUUUUAAACGUACAAACUGCCUGGCAAUGGCAAAAAUUCGCACUCCCACAUAACAACCGUUAGCAUCUCUCGCUAUCUUUCUAUCUCUCUUAUUCUCUCGUAUUAACCCAAUACCUUAUUGCUAAAAAGUAUUUUUAAAUAAAUUCUACUAAAAAGUCAAUUCAACAAAACAAAUUUAACACUCGUGAUGGCGAUAACACUAUGUAUGCCUGAUGAUGAAUAAUAUUAAAAAAGUACUUAAUAUCCGUGAACGAUGCAAUGACAAAACUAUGCCAACUUUUUUUCAACAAGACGCAUUUUUUCUUUUUCUCAUUUUAAAGCAGGAAUUGAUAAUUCAGAAACAUGAUCACGACCGCAGAGAGAUUACCCACGAAAAAAAUAAGCAAUUUUUUCUCCACCUCUCACAACUGCGAUGAGUACAAUCGACAUAAGCACAAUAUAUUUCAUGUACAAUUCUAUGAGUAAGGAUUCUACCAAGUGUAAAUUAUAGGGUAACUGUUGUGUGUAAGAAGCAAAUGAGAUACUAUCAAAGUGAAAUUUUAUUAUUCUCAAAAAUGAGAAAAAAACAAUGCAAUUAUAUAUUAUCCAAGAUAAUCUGAGUAUUGAUUCAUAAAUAACGAGAGUAAAAGAUCACGAGUAUUUCAAAACAGGUGGUAUACGUAGCAACGGAUAUUUGUAGAACAUAACGUUAAGUACAAAAAUUACAUGUAUGCUAUACAUCAAUGUGUUAAUUUUCAUUUGUGUAUCAAACUGUUUGAUCAUUUGUAAAAAAUAAAAAAAAAAUCACUUGAUUUCA